AUGGCGAUCCUUCCCGACGUGGCAGGCAAGCCCGAUGAUGCCGCGGCCAACCCUCCACAUGAGCUGAGUCGCGAAUCGACAGAUACAGUGGAUGAAAAAUCCCCUGGUGUCGUUCGUGUCGAGGCUCUCACUUCGGUGAUGACCCGCGUUGACCGUGUAUUCAUUUUCUUUGGUGUCUUCAUCAUCGCCUAUGCCUACGGACUCGACGGCACUUUGCGUUACACUUACCAGCCUUAUGCAACUUCCGAAUUCAACGAACACUCAUUGCUGUCGAGCAUCAAUGUCCUUCGUGCCGUGAUUGCCGCCGCUGCACAACCCACCGCCGGCAAGAUUGCCGACGUGUUUGGGCGCGUCGAGCUGAUCUGCCUCUCGGUGUUCUUCUACAUCAUUGGUACCAUUGUGGAGGCUGUAGCCAAUGACAUUGAGACUUUCGCCGGUGGUGCCGUCAUCUAUCAAGUUGGAUAUACUAUGGUCAUUCUCCUCGUCGAACUCAUCAUCGCCGACAUUACAUCGACCCGCGCUCGUCUGCUGUUCAGUUACGUUCCUGCAUUGCCAUUCAUCAUCAAUACUUGGGUUAGUGGUGAUAUUGCAGAGGCCGUUUUGAAAGCUACUACCUGGAGAUGGGGCAUUGGUAUGUGGUGCAUCAUCUACACGGUCUGCGCUUUGCCUCUCAUUGUCAGCCUCCUGAUUGUUGGCCGGCGGGCAAAGAAGAUGGGCAAGCUCGGAAAUUACAAGUCGUCCUUUGAAAAGUUGGGCUGGAAAGCGUUCAUUAUCGAUCUGUUCUGGAGACUUGAUGUGAUUGGCAUCAUUCUUUUGAUUGCCGUCUUCGCCCUAAUACUCACCCCAUUCACGAUUGCUGGAGGCUUUCAGAACCAGUGGCGGACAGCCCAUGUCAUUGCGCCACUUGUCGUCGGGAUUUUGUGCAUUCCUGUCUUCUUUGUGUGGGAAUUCAAGGCCCGUCAUCCCCUUGUUCCGUUCUACCUGAUGAAAGAUCGCGCCGUUUGGGGUCCGAUGGGCAUUGCGGUGCUGCUCAAUUUCUCCUGGUAUAUGCAGGGAGACUAUCUUUACACCAUGCUUGUUGUCGCAUUUGACUUCAGCGUCACCUCUGCCACAAGAAUCACGUCCCUUUAUUCAUUUGUCAGUGUCAUUACCGGAUUUCUUCUUGGACUUGUCGUGUUCAAGGUCAGGCGCCUCAAGAUGUUCAUCAUUGCCGGUACUAUACUUUUCUUGGUUGCAUUCGGUCUACUGAUCCGGUAUCGUGGCUCUCCAAGUUCGGCCGGUCGUUCAGGUGUUAUCGGAGCCGAGAUUCUGCUCGGUAUAGCUGGCGGCAUGUUCCCGUACCCGGCACAGGCGUCUCUCCAAGCGUCACUCAAGCAUGAGCAUCUUGCUGUUAUGACAGGCCUCUACCUAGCAACAUACAAUAUUGGGUCUGCCUUCGGUAACACUGUUUCUGGUGCAAUCUGGACCCAAGUACUACCAUUCGCUCUUGAGGAUCGUCUUUCUGCAAUCAAUUCAACACUUGCAGCGUCGACCUAUGCUGAUCCCUUCACGAGUGCUGCGACGUAUUCAGUUGGUACACCGGAGCGAACAGCUAUCAUUGAUGCAUAUCAACAUACACAGCGAUUGCUUUGUAUUGCGGGUAUCUGCCUCUGUGUUCCAUUGAUUGGAUUUGCGUUCACGCUUAGGAAUCCCAAGCUCAACGACCAUCAGAACCUUGUUGAGGCGCCCAAGGACGAACUCAUUAGGGAAGUCUAG